AUGUCACAUGGCAACGAUGGAUUAAAAACAGAAAUGAAUAUUUCACGUAGCGUUGUAAAGAUAUCGAAACCCAGUGAUGACGAUUUGUUCUUAUGUCGUGCUUUUGCAAAAGCAAUUGAAUCGGAUAAGCUUCAUCAAAUUAUUCAACAACAAACAGUUUCAAUCGAAUCACCAGCCGCUGAAUUGAAUACUUCAUCAGACGACAAUCCUCAAAUGGUAGUCGAUUCUUCAUUACCAGAGCGGAAGAUUCAAUGGAAAAUCGGUGAUUUAUGUUUAUGUCCAUACAGUGAAGAUGGUCUUUUUUAUAAAGCUACAAUAAUUAAUAUAUCAUCAACAACAUGUACCAUUUCAUUUGAUGAUUACGGAAAUGAAGAAAUUCAUCAAUUAACCGAUUUAAAAAUGCGAACAGAAGAAGAACAAGAGCAAGAACAAGAACAUCUAAAGCAACCAGCAGCUGCAUCAUGUGUAGACGAAAAUGAUAUAUUACCUUCUCUACCUCGUCCAACUCCAUUUCCUAUAUUAAAUCCCAAUGAUGAUAAUGAUUCUCUUUCUUCUACGCUGAUGUCAUGGUAUUUAGCUGGUUAUCAUACUGGAUUUUAUCAAGGCAUAAAAGACAAAAAGAAUUUCGACGAAUAA